UUCCAAGUUUGUCCUCGCCGCAAGCAUGGCAGUCCGGCAGGUGCAAUUGGCCAACCCCUUGCUGCGCGCUAGAACCCCUGGCCCUUGUCAACGUCGAUCGCUCAUGGGCACCCGUCCAUGAUCGCCGGCAGACUAACAACCAAGCGCCGCUCGCCAUGGCCAACACACGUUAUAAGAAUCUGCCGUGCUCCGGUCGGCCUGGAGAUUGGCUUCAGAUGGCAUCAACCACUGCAGCUUGAUUCUUCGCCUUUCUUAGUCUUCAACCCUCAUUCCUUGGCAUAGACCUUCGCUUGUUCUCAGUUCCAACUCGUAUUCCUUCCUUGAGACACUCUUUUCAACCAAAAACGCUCUCUUCACGCAAGCAACACCGUAUACAUUUUUAUCGACCUCGAUAACAUGGUUGGAUUCAAGACUUUGGUUAUCCUGGCCGCUGGCCUCCUCCCUGCCGCCACGGCCUUCCCCAAACCGUACUUCAAGGCCAUCCGUGCGGACCACGAUGUUAUUGCUGGCCAGUACAUCGUGACCCUGAACAAGGACCUCGAUGACGUUGCUGUCGCCAACCACUUCUCCUUCGCCGCAGCCAUUCACGCCCGCAGCGGCAGUGGAACCUGGGGCAUCCGUAAGCAGUGGCGUCUUCUCAACUUCGCCGGCUACAGCGGCCACUUUGACGAUGCCACCGUCGAGCAGAUCCGGGCAGACCCGUCCGUGUUUGCCGUUGAGCCCAACCGGGUCAGGCACCUGAUGGCUGUUGAGACUCAGAAGAACGCCCCAUGGGGUCUCGCGUCCAUCUCCAACUCUGGCAGCGCCAACAGCACUAGCUAUCUCUACGAGGACGCCGCCGGCGAGGGUCAGUUCGCCUACAUUGUGGACACUGGCAUUCUCGACACACACGAGGAGUUCGAGGGCGAGCGUGGUGUCAAGGGCUACAACGCCGUCGAUGACGUCCCCUUUGAGGAUGUUGAUGGGCACGGCACCCACGUUGCCGGCACCAUCUGCGGCAAGACGUACGGUGUUGCCAAGAAGGCCACCUGCGUUUCCGUCAAAGUCUUCAACGGCGGCAGCUCCACCACCGAGACUGUCAUGGAGGGCUAUAACUGGGCCGUCCAGGACAUCAAGAAGCAGGGCCGCGAGGCCAACGCCGUUAUCAGCAUGUCCCUUGGUGGUGGUCGCUCUGAUGCUGAGAACCGCAUCGUCGAGCAGGCCUUUAACGAGGGCAUCCUGACUAUCGUCGCUGCCGGCAAUGACGGAGCUGAUGCCUCCGAAUACUCGCCUGCCUCCGCCCCCAACGCUGUCACCGUCGGUGCCGCGGACAUCAGCAACACCCGCGCCUACUUCUCCAACUUUGGCGACGUUGUCGACAUCUUCGCACCCGGCGUCGGCAUCAAGAGCGCCUGGAUCGAGAGCGACACUUCUUCCGAGGUCCUUGACGGCACCUCCAUGGCCACUCCCCACAUCUCCGGUCUCGUGCUGUACCUUAAGUCUGUCUUUGCUGGCGAGCUUGACAGCCCUGGCGCCGCGACCAAGAAGCUCCUUUCGCUGGCGGUUCCUGGCAUCAAGAACCCGAAGGGCGCCGACGUCCGUGCCUACAACGGCGUUAAGGCUUAAAUGGUCGCAGGUGUUGCUUUAUUCCAUAUCUGACCAUUUUUCAUGACAUUGUACCGGCCUGGCAUGGCGCCGUGCAAAUUUUCGCAAGUGUAUAUACACAUUUUUCUAUGGAUCGUGGACACAUAAAUGCCCUAGUGGCCAAUCAUGACUUGCUUCAUUUUCGCAGCUCUUGCAAUAACUCGCCCGGGGACAAGUGAAUCAAGAGGACAAAAGUCGUCUGAAGGUCGGGCCGCUAACGUGACAACUUUCUUGAGAGACUACGCUUGCUCGGCCGGUGCAUUAGCAUCCCGCACUAUCGGAACAUUUCUGAUUCGCUCACACUGAACAAUGCCAAUCCGCUUUCAAGUCAUGCACCAAGCAAUUUGUGAAACGGCGGAUUCUCAGACCACGCAUAUAGCCAUGAGCUUGGCAUUCUGCCCAUGAGAACGAGGCAGGUG